AUGAUCUUGGAUGCACACACUCUUGCAGAACCACCUCCUCCUUCUGCCCUCAUUUCCAUCACUUCUCUUCCCAAUGAAACACUUCUCGAUAUCUUCUCCUUCAUCAACCCUCCUUCAUGUACCGAAUAUUACUUUUUCAUGGUUGAAUUGCCAGCCGUGUGUCGAGAUUGGUAUAAUCUAUUGAAACGAACUGAAAGUGGAAAUUACUUUUAUCGGAUUGUCUUUAACAACUUGUUUUCAUGGAGAAGAUUAGCCUAUCUUUCCAAUGAUCAUCAUCAUUCCAACCAAUAUGAAACACAAAAUUUCAAAAUUCUUGAUCAGCACGAUGAUGAUGAUCACAACCAACGGAAUUGGUAUGAAGAAUUGAAAAAACAAGUACUGGUAUUUAAAAAGUGCGAAUUAUCAAUCCGUCAUGUUGAAAAUCAAAGUGCAUACACAUUGAGAGCAGAUAGACAUUUGAGUUUUAAUGAUUUGGUUGCUUUGAAGCAAACCAUUGGAAGCGAUGUUGUUUUGAUCCAAUGUCCCAUUCGUUCAUCUGCCCAUGAAAGAGCUUGUUUUUAUUUUGAAUGUGUUUGUACAGAAAACAGAAAGGAAGCUGAUAAUGUGUUUCUUGGAGUUGCAAUUAGACCAACGAGCAUUAUGAAACACGAUGAUGUGAGCCAAAUGACAUAUAGCCUUUCGGGUUAUUUGGGAAGUACACAUUCGAGCUUUGGUUAUUAUUACAUCAAUGGUGACUUGUAUUACGGAGGUUCUGUAAAGACUCGAUCAUUUGGGUCACAAGUUGAUAUUAAUGACAAGUUGGGAAUUUAUAUUGAUUCACAUAAAAUGCAAUUUGCAUUCUUUAAGAAUAGAAAAUUGGUUGGAAAGAUGGUUGACAUGCUUCCACUUUUUGGAGAAACAGCAACAAGCCAGUUUGAAAAUGGUGAGAUUGAAUUUUAUCCUGCUUUUUCCAUGCUGUACGAUAGAGAUUGUAUGCAUGUGAAAUGUAUGGAUAUUUGUUCGUUUAGAGGAUGUAAAUGGUUAAAAGAAGAAGUUGAAAUGCUUGAAUUAACAGAAACCAAGAAAUAA